UUCUUGUCUGCGAUGAUUGGACCCACACUGCAGCAUCUCCGAUCGGGGACCACGAAGGGCGUCGAAGAUGUCGGAGAUGUCGAAAUUUCACGUGGGGCCAGCCAAGAUGAUUCACAUAUCUCAUCUCGAAUACCCUGGAACCGAGCCAACACUGUAACUGUGUAUACGCGUCUAUCUUCUACUCUCCAGGAUUUUUCUUUCUCUCGCGCUAUGCAGAACAAGAUCUCGUUUCGAGGCCUCACUCUAGAGUCAAGAAAGCCCGUGUUUUUUGAUGUCCUCAACAAUCUCUGGGAUCCGGAGUCAAAUCCGGAUGGAAUUGUCAAUAUCGGACUAGCUGAGAAUGGAUUGAUGCAAGCUGAGAUGAGAUCAUUUAUUAACGCCCAGCCGGGCGCUGACAAUCACGCCUUGACAUACGGCGAUGGCUUCACCGGCUCCAAGAAGCUGAAAGCUGCAAUGUGCCAUUUCCUGAACCGCCACUUUCAGCCAUACGUGCCUCUGAACCCGUCGCACAUGUGCAUAACGUCCGGGGCAAGCAAUGCCCUCGAGAACUGUGCAUGGGCGCUGUGUGAUCCGGGCGACUAUGUGCUGGUGGGAAGACCUUACUGGACGACGUUCCAGUCGAUAUUUGGGAAUCGUGCGGGUGUCAACAUCCUCGAAGUCGCCAUGGGCGCAGUAGACCCGAUGAGCGUGGAUGCGGUUGCGCGGUUUGAAGAGGCUGCGGAGCAGGCAAGGCGAGAGGAUAAAAGGGUCAAGGCUAUCCUGCUCUGUUCUCCAAAUAAUCCUCUAGGCCGCUGCUACCCGGAAGACGCCUUGAAGGGCUACAUGAGGCUCUGCCAGAAGCUGGGCAUACAUCUGAUAUCCGAUGAGCUCUACGGAUUGUCCGUGUGGGAAAACCCAGACUCGAAUGAUCCAACCCAAUUUAGAUCGGUCUUGUCGAUUGAUAGCCAGAAACUGGUCGACCCGCAACUGGUCCACGCCGUGUGGGGGAUGAGCAAGGCAAGUGGCCCAUGACCGUAACCCGGGAUAAUUACUGACGUAAAACCAGGACUUUGGUGCAACCGGCCUACGAAUCGGUGUUCUUAUUAGUCAAUCGAACCCCCAAUUCCUGGGCGCCUGUGAAAGCACCUCACUAUUCAGCUUCCCGUCAAGCCUCGCAGACAAGGCCGUGGCUUCCCUACUAGCUGACGACGCAUUCACGGAUAGCUUUAUCUCAACGAAUCGAGCACGACUAUCUGAGAGCUAUCAGUUUGUGACGGAGUUCUGUAAAGCCAACGGGAUCCCGUAUACGCACUCGAAUGCGGCGCUUUUCGUGUGGAUUCACCUCGGGGCUAUAGUCAAAGACCCCAAUCUUACAGACGAAAUACUGCUGUCUCGCUUGCGGUUGGAAGGGGUGUACAUGACUUCUGGCGCUACAUACGCAAGUGAGGAACCGGGCUGGUUUCGAGUGGUCAUUGCACAUCCUCGGCACGUUCUGGAGGAAGGCUUGAAUCGGAUGAUGCGUGCUCUUGGAUAGGUUUAAUGAAUCGAUCCACAUUCUUUACGUAAAGACAUAGAAAUACAUUGCCCAGUGUUUUCUGCACCGCUC